UGGCCGGGGGGCUCAGGGGAGCGGUCGGGGGCGCCGGGGCUUCUGCUGAGUUGGCGGGUUGGCCAUGGCCGCUGCCCGCCUCGCACUGGGGCCAGGGAUCCUGCUCCUGGGGCUGCUGCUGCUGCUGCUGCUGGGGGGCCCGGGCCGGGGGGCGGCCUUGAGCGGGAACGCUACUGGGCCUGGGCCGCGGAGCGCGGGCGGGAGCGCGAGACGGAGCGCGGCCGUGACCGGCCCCCCGCCGCUGCUGAGCCACUGCGGCCGGGCAGCCCCCUGCGAGCCGCUGCGCUACAACGUGUGCCUGGGCUCGGCGCUGCCCUACGGGGCCACCUCCACUCUGCUGGCCGGGGACUCGGACUCCCAGGAGGAAGCGCACGGCAAGCUCGUGCUCUGGUCGGGCCUCCGGAACGCACCCCGCUGCUGGGCAGUGAUCCAGCCCCUGCUGUGUGCUGUGUACAUGCCCAAAUGCGAGAACGACCGGGUGGAGCUGCCCAGCCGCACCCUCUGCCAGGCCACCCGAGGCCCCUGUGCCAUUGUGGAGAGGGAGCGUGGCUGGCCUGACUUCCUGCGCUGUACCCAUGACCACUUCCCCGAGGGCUGCCCGAAUGAGGUGCAGAACAUCAAGUUCAACAGUUCGGGCCAGUGCGAGGCUCCCUUGGUUCGGACCGACAACCCCAAGAGCUGGUAUGAGGACGUGGAGGGGUGUGGGAUCCAGUGCCAGAACCCGCUGUUCACUGAGGCCGAGCACCAGGACAUGCACAGCUACAUCGCAGCCUUCGGGGCAGUCACAGGCCUCUGCACGCUCUUCACCCUGGCCACAUUUGUGGCUGACUGGAGGAAUUCGAAUCGCUAUCCUGCCGUUAUUCUCUUCUACGUCAACGCAUGUUUCUUUGUGGGGAGCAUCGGCUGGCUGGCCCAGUUCAUGGACGGUGCCCGCCGGGAGAUCGUCUGCCGGGCGGAUGGAACCAUGAGGCUUGGGGAGCCCACCUCCAACGAGACCCUGUCCUGCGUCAUCAUCUUUGUCAUCGUGUACUACGCCCUGAUGGCUGGCGUUGUCUGGUUUGUGGUCCUGACCUAUGCCUGGCACACCUCCUUCAAAGCCCUGGGCACCACCUACCAGCCUCUCUCCGGCAAGACCUCCUACUUCCACCUGCUCACGUGGUCACUCCCCUUUGUCCUCACUGUGGCGAUCCUUGCUGUGGCCCAGGUGGAUGGGGACUCCGUGAGCGGCAUCUGUUUUGUGGGCUACAAGAACUACCGAUACCGUGCAGGCUUCGUGCUGGCCCCCAUUGGGCUGGUGCUCAUUGUGGGAGGCUACUUCCUCAUCCGAGGAGUCAUGACUCUGUUCUCCAUCAAGAGCAACCAUCCCGGGUUGCUGAGCGAGAAGGCUGCCAGCAAGAUCAACGAGACCAUGCUGCGGCUGGGCAUUUUCGGCUUCCUGGCCUUUGGCUUUGUGCUCAUCACCUUCAGCUGCCACUUCUACGACUUCUUCAAUCAGGCCGAGUGGGAGCGCAGCUUCCGGGACUAUGUGUUGUGCCAGGCCAAUGUGACCAUUGGGCUGCCCACCAAGAAGCCCAUCCCCGACUGUGAAAUCAAGAAUCGCCCCAGCCUCCUGGUGGAGAAGAUCAACUUGUUUGCCAUGUUUGGAACCGGCAUUGCCAUGAGCACCUGGGUCUGGACCAAGGCCACGCUGCUCAUCUGGAGGCGCACCUGGUGCAGGUUGACCGGGCAGAGUGAUGAUGAGCCCAAACGCAUCAAGAAGAGCAAGAUGAUUGCCAAGGCCUUCUCCAAGCGGCGCGAGCUGCUGCAGAACCCGGGCCAGGAGCUCUCCUUCAGCAUGCACACCGUCUCCCACGACGGGCCUGUGGCGGGUUUGGCCUUUGACCUCAAUGAGCCCUCUGCCGACGUGUCCUCUGCCUGGGCCCAGCAUGUCACCAAGAUGGUGGCUCGGAGAGGAGCCAUACUGCCCCAGGAUGUGUCUGUCACCCCUGUGGCAACUCCAGUGCCGCCAGAGGAAAAAGCCAACCUGUGGCUGGUUGAGGCAGAGAUCUCCCCAGAGCUAGAGAAGCGCCUGGGCCGGAAGAAGAAGCGGAGGAAGAGGAAGAAGGAGGUGUGCCCACUGGUGCCGCCUCCUGAGCUUCACCACCCUGCCCCUGCCCCUGUGGCCAGUGCCGUGCCUCGACUGCCUCAGCUACCCCGGCAGAAGUGCCUGGUGGCCGCAGGUGCCUGGGGAGCUGGGGAAUCCUGCCGACAGAGAGCCUGGACCCUGGUCUCCAACCCUUUCUGCCCAGAGCCCAGUCCCCUGCAGGACCCAUUUCUGCCCAGUGCCCCAGUUCCCACGGCGGCCUGGGCCCAGGGCUGCCGGCAGGGGCUGGGGCCCAUUCACUCCCGCACCAACCUGAUGGAGGCAGAGCUCAUGGAUGCAGAUUCAGACUUCUGAGCCUGGAGAGCAGGACCUGGGAUAGGAAAGAGCAGCAGAUACCAUCCUGAGGUUCUUCAUCCUCCCUGAGAGUGCUUCCCCAGGAUCUUGUCUUCCGGAGGACCCGAGGGUGCCAUGCCCUCCCAGGAGGGCUCUCUAAGUGUGGCUCAUGGCAUCAGGACUGUGGGAAAGGGCCCUGACAUCUCCACCAGCAGGCCUCGUCCAGGGAACGACCCUGGAGCUCAGGGUCCUUGGUUCUGCCCCACCAGCUGGAGUCUGGCUGACAGUAUCCACGUGCAGCGGGACCAGGAGAUAUGCAGAGCUUGGGGGCGGGGCGGGGGGCCAGUAACAGUGGAGGCAGGGGUGACGUACCCAGGAUGGCCUGUGGUAGCCAAUGAGGCAGCCAAGCCCGUACCUGGCGAAUGAGGGCUGGCUGCCCUUUUCUGUGCCAGUGGACAUCCUUUCUGGCACUCUCAGACCAAAUGUGUUUAUUGUGUCCUUAAUCCUUUGUCUAAGUGGGGACAGGGCUCCCUUCUCCCUCUUCUAGGUGGUUGUGGAGCUGGAAGUGCCUAUUCUUGUAGGGGCUAUAACCUCUCUUCACAGGUGCCCAGUUGGCCCGACCCCAGGCCAGUAACCCGUCCCGUGUGCUCCCGUACCCUUGCUCCCCUUUCCCAUUUCAGUUCAACCAGCCCAACCUCUUCCCGUUUCCUGUUUGUUGAUUAGGACCCAGAACUGCUGCAUGCUCCAUCCCGCCCCCCACCCCACCCCCCAUCUCCAGGUGAGAGACUGGUUUAGCUACAGAGCCUGGCGUGGUGUAGAAGCAGUGAGUGACAGGGAGCUUCUGGGCCUCUGAGAGACACAUGUGAUCUCUUCCUCCCAUCCAUCCAGUGGGGGAUGGGUCCUCUGACUUAAGGGGCUACACUGGGAGGCUGCUGGAACUUCAGCCAGGCAGGAAAGCUUCCUUCAACUUCCACAACUGGGCGGUGAGGAGAUUCCCACCUCUCAUAACCCCUCACUCUGUCCCCAAGGCCCCAGUUUCAAGAACCAGACAGUAGGAAGCCUUAGGAGCUGGCUGGGUUCCAGAUCGGGGGUAGGGAUGGGGAGAAGAAAUACAAACAGUAAAUAAAAGGUUUUUGUAUAAA